AUGGCCAACUUUGUGGAGCUCAGUACCAAGGUUAAAGUGCCCAUCUUGGGACUGGGCACCUGGAAAUCUGGCCUAGGAGAAGUCAGAGAGGCUGUGAAGGGAGCCAUUGACAUAGGAUAUCGCCACUUGGACUGUGCUUAUGCCUACAAGAAUGAGCAUGAGGUGGGGGAAGCCAUCCAAGAGAAGAUCCAAGAGAAGGCUGUGAAGCGGGAGGAACUCUUCAUAGUGAGCAAGUUAUGGCCCACCUUCAUGGAAAAGCAUCUAGUGAGGGAAUCCUGUCAGAAGACCCUCAAGGAUCUGAGACUGGACUAUCUGGACCUCUACCUUAUUCACUUUCCGCAGGCAUUACAGCCUGGGGAGGACUUCAUUCCCAAAGACGAUAAAGGCGAUACCAUCAUCAGUAAAACAACAUUCUUGGACACCUGGGAGGCCAUGGAGGAGCUGGUGGACGAGGGGCUGGUGAAAAACAUUGGGAUCUCCAACUUCAACCACUUUCAGAUCGAGAGACUCUUGAACAAACCUGGACUGAAAUACAAACCAGUGAUCAACCAGGUUGAAUGUCACCCAUACCUCACGCAGGAGAAAUUGAUCCAGUACUGUCAGUCCAGGGGCAUCAGUAUCACAGCUUACAGCCCGCUAGGCUGUCCAAAUAGAUCUGGGGCCAAACCAGAGGACCCUUCUCUACUGGAGGAUCCCAAGAUUAAUGAGAUUGCUGCAAAGCACAAAAAAUCCGCAGCCCAGGUUCUUAUCCGGUUCCAUAUCCAGAGGCAUGUGAUUGUAAUUCCCAAGUCUGUGACACUCGCACGCAUCGCUGAGAACUUUCAGGUCUUUGACUUUAAAUUGAGUGAUGAGGAGAUGGCGACCCUGCUCAGCCUCAACAGAAACUGGCGGCUGAAAGGUCUGGAGGAGUAUCCCUUCUAUGCAGAAUAUUGA